CCAAAUGUUUCACUACGGCAAGUUUCAUUAUUGCACAAGGAGGAAACGUGUGUGUACGACAUUGUAAUCACUUGUGAAGAGCAAGUAUGUACAGACGAUUAAUAGUGUCAGUCUAUCAGACUAGAGGUUGUGCAUUACAUGUGUACAACCGUGAGUCAUGUUUGAGGUCAUCAAAAUGUGACAGGACACUACCAAUUUGCCGAGCUGCAAAUGGACGGGUUUCCAAUGCAUUUGGAACAAGCUCAGUUGCCUACUGUGAAAGGAAAGAUGAGCCACUUGUCCUCAAGGACAAAAGUGUUGUACAGGGUGGUGUACAGAAGGAAGCAGUCCAGGUGGUUGGAGAAAAGUUGGUUGAGUUACAAGAUCAUGUUAAGAUGAUUGCUGAACCGAGCGAGCAGAGCGUGAGUUCAGAAAGGGUUCCGGUCCAGGAGAGUGAGAAUGUUGAAAUUAUAGUAAAAACCAAAAGGUUUGACCAUAAUCUAGACACGAAGAUGGAGAGAGUAGCAGAGAACAAUACAAUUCAAGCAAUAUCGACUACAACAGAAUGUCAGCCAAUUCUAGAAGUAAAGAUGGCAGAAAUAAAAAAGGGCUUGAAAAUGGAAGCAAUCACAACAGCCAGUAGAACAGGAGGGGUCGACCAAAACCCAGAAGAUACUAUGGAGGUUGUAAACAAGUGUGAAACAAUCACAAGGAUCCAGGUUAAAACAGAAGAGGCAGCAGAAUUAAAUAUGGUGGGAGACAAAUUCGUCCAGCAGAAGGCAGAAAAUCAAAGAACAGAUAUAUUUCCCAAGGAGCAAAUUCAAUCGGUGAAGAGUGGGAAGGAAAGUCUUCUGACACUUCUUGGGGAAAUGAAAGUUGACGUGACCAACAAGAGGAAGCUAAAGGCCUUGAAGAUGCAGAGGAUCUCUGAGCUGGCUGCCAGGCCCAAGACGGACACUAUGGAGAGCACCAUCAGUAUGUUUCAGGAGGCCCCUGGCAUGGCCAAUGCCACAGCACCAACCCCCAGACAGACGCUAAGCCCCGAGUUGGUUGCUGCAGCCUCUGCUGCUGCGUCCACCCUGCCCAACAAGAGCAAAGCCGAAUCAGAGUUGCUGAAAAAGCUGAGACAACAUGAGGCAGUUGGAGAGGCUCAGAAGAAUGGAGACAACAUUGGGGUUAUCAUUUCGGACAUGAAGGUGGGGAAGAGGCCCAACGGCAGGCAGAAUGCACGGCCGACCAAUCAGAUCCGCUUUGAUGAUGAUGGGCAUGGCUACACCAAUGACAGGGGCAUUACUGCAGAGCUGGAUGGUGGCCUACGGAGGAGGCGGAGUCUUUUUUCUGGGAAAAAGCUGAGCAUCUUCACACCGGGCACUGAAGCAGAGGCAGACAAGGACAUAGCUUGUCCAACCCUGUGGGACAUUGACUUAGCCAAUAAGGUGGGUUUGUCAGCCACUCAGUUGCCUCGUAACGGUUUCGAGGAGAUGAUCCAGUGGACCAAAGUGGGCAAGCUGUGGCAGUAUCCAGUCAACAACGAGGCUGGUCUUGAGGAGGAGGCCCAGGUGCCCUUCUAUGAACACGUGUUCUUGGAGAAACACUUGGAGGAAGGAUUCCCUCGACAGGGACCCAUCCGACACUUCAUGGAGCUGGUAGUCUCAGGCCUGGCAAAGAACCCCUACUACACGGUCCAGCAGAAGAGAGAUCACAUUGCAUGGUUCAGGGACUACUUCAGGCAGAAAGAGGAGGUCCUCAAAGAGGCAGAGGUUUACCUAAACUGAACUGUUGUGGUAAAAUAGACAAUAAACACUUGGCUGACAUGGCUGUUGGACUCCUAUGGCAUGACACUGCCUCUCAAGGAAGAGGCUGGACCAGGCUCCCUGAAAUGUCAUCCAUCACCUAGAGAUGGGAUGGUAAACACUCACGUUCCAGAGAACAAUUGAAGUUGCUUAACAGAACAGGUCCCUUAAUUGAAUGUGUUGGGUUCCCAAUGUUGUUCAAAAACUUUGUGGCAUAACAUGCUGUCCAUGCUUCUUUUCCGUUUACUGAAGAGAAGGUAAAAACUUUGUUUGCUUUGGACAAGUUUUUGUACCAUAGUUCCUUGUAGAAGAGUAACAUUUAAUUUAAUGUGCAAAUUGAAAUUACCGCUGAGCAAGAUAUGUGUUCAAAAUAUUUGUUGUUGAACAGCAUUGGGAUGUUAUUGAAAUAAAACCUUUUGUUUCUAAAA